UCAAUGGUUGUGAUCGACCGUAAAUGUGAUAUCAUAUGCCUCAUUCAUCACUUUGUUGUGGAAACAUCUUGUGCUUGCAUGGUCUUUGAGUGGAUGGUGUGUGUCAUUUGCGGUCUCCUGCAGUGCUUACAUUGGGACCUAAAAAGUGGCCGGAGCAGGACAUGUUCCCAACGGAAUCCAAGUGUACUCGAAUAGCAUAACUGAGGCUGGAUUGAAUCGCUGGAACAAAACUUGAAGGAUUUCUUAUUGGGAUUGAUAUUUGAUCCACUGGUCAGUUCACUGGAUAUUCAUUAAAAACUUUGGUGCUUUCUAUUUCUUUUUUGUGUGAGAUAUCUAAAUUUGGUGCUGACAGCUGGUUCAGCAAGUUGUGAAUGUUAAACAUGAUCGUAGAAACGAUGAAUCUUCCUUUUAACUGAUGAUGAGGACUUGCUCCAAAUCAACCUCAUCCCCCAGAUGUCAUCCUCACUCCCAGCUAUAGAUCUGAGAUCUCCGCGCAAGAUGUACACAAUGCCUGUGCAAGAAACCAUGUCCGAGCCCAACAAUGGUGUCUGCUUGGAGUGUGGAUGCUUGAGCUCAUCGUUGUCAGAGUCGUCUUCCGAUUCAUCCAGUAGUGGGCGCUCCACACCGAUCAAUGAAAUCUUGCUUAAACGCCCACCAUCGAUGCGUUACGGACCCAGAAAAAGACUUGAUGAUGAGGCAGUGCAGCUGUCGGAGUCGAAACGGAAGGAAGUUGUUGUCCAGAUUCAGCGGGGGUGGUUGGACGAAGACCAGUGGAAGCAGUCCAUACGAGAACAAAUAGAAGAAGAUCUUGAACGACGUGUGCGGGAAGCGCUGGAAACGCCACCUUUAGAGCGUUUGCAGAAGAACAAGGAACGAGCCAAGCGACGAUAUAUCGAUCAAUUAAACUCCAUCAAUUCACACAUCCAUUUGGACUUGACAGAAAAAGAGCGCGACUACGUUAGUCGCAAGCGAUGGAAAGCGCUACAACAGGCGAAACGAACUGCGCAAGAAUUAACGAAAGCGAAUAACUAUUUGAACAGUUUAAGCGCUUAUCAACAAAAUGAAGAUAACGCCAAAUUAAAGUAUGAGAUUAUGUAUAAAGAGUAUCAAGAUCGUAGGAAAUUGAGUGACGAUUCCGCACAGUUGCAGGAGAGAUUCUCGUGUUUCCGCCGCGGUUCCGAAGCCAUGCGAAACUUUGGGACGUUGACGAAUCGAGAGCGACAGGAGCUGUAUCACACGUUCACGAAGCAGGGAUUCGAGAAUGCGGUGCGGUUAGGACAUUUGCCGGACGGCUCAUUGCUUGAGAUGCUGCCGAAUGGAAAGUACCAGGAUGAGUACGGGAUCAUCCGUGAUCACCAUGGGCCGUUCUGGCCGAGGGAUUAUGGCCCACUUUUCCCUCCUCCAGACCACAAGAGAACUAUGCCGCAGGACGUGGAGCCGCUCAUCACAUCAUUCAGGGAACAAAUGAACUUGAAAACGAUAGAUACACAAGUGACAAAAUAUACCAACAAAUGGCGGGGGACGCACAUUGUUUUUGACUCUGAGAAGAGCGGGAAGGACUAUAUACCGCCUGCCGUCCAGGAGGGACAUUGUCCGAGUCUCCUUUUCGAAUCUCGGUUUGAAUCGGGUAAUCUACGCCAGGCUCGAAGGGUCGGUCAGUUUGAAUAUGAAUUGGUGCUAAAAACCGACCUCUAUACGAAGCGUCACACGCAGUGGUUCUAUUUCCGCGUUCAAAACAUGGUGCCGGGGAUCACGUAUAAAUUCAUCAUCGUCAAUUUGCUCAAGAGAGAUAGUUUGUAUAACCAUGGGAUGCGUCCGUUGUUUUACUCUGAGAAGGAUGCCAGGACGAGUGGGAUUGGAUGGGCGCGAAGAGGACACCACAUACUCUACUCAAGAAAUAUGACGCAUCUUAGCUCACCAGUAUUGUUCCGUGACCGCGCCCACUUCAUGUUAGAGUGGCAGAUGGAGUUCGACCACGUGGACGAUUCCUGCUAUUUCGCACAUUGCUAUCCGUACACUUACACCGAUCUGAAGGAUGACCUUGAUAUGAUACUUGCUGACCCUGAUAGGGGGCGCUGCAUGAAGAGGGAGGUCAUGUGUGAGACUAGAGCAGGGAAUAGUUGCUUCCUGUUGACAAUUACAAACUUCGGGACUGAACCGAGCCAUAAGAAGAGAGGUGUCGUGGUAACUGCCAGAGUCCAUCCCGGGGAGUCCAACUCCAGUUGGAUGAUGAAGGGCCUCCUCGAUUUCUUGACAAGUAAUUCAGCCAUAGCUCAGGAAAUUCGAAACAACUAUAUCUUCAAAAUAGUACCAAUGUUGAACCCAGAUGGCGUCAUCGUUGGCAACUACCGGUGCUCAUUGGCGGCGAGAGAUUUGAAUCGGAACUACCGCCAUCCGAAGAAGGAGAAUUUCCCGACGAUCUGGCAUACAAAGGAAAUGACUGAGGACUUCACAAAGAACAGUGAGAUUGUAAUCUAUUGUGAUAUGCACGGCCAUAGUCGGAAGAGCCAAGUAUUCAUGUAUGGGUGUGACUCGGCGUACGACCCAGAGGUGGAAGGUCAGGGGUCACAGGGUCAAGGUCAGGCAAACCCACGGCGAGGGAUCGAAGCAUUUAUAAACGAGAGGUUGUUUCCGUGGCUCAUGUCGAAAAAGUCUCCUGAGAAGUUCUCAUUCAACGGUUGUAAGUUCCACAUCCGACGGUGCAAAGAGGCGACAGGGCGUGUCGUUAUGUGGCGGCAGAUGAGAAUCAUGAACAGCUUCACGAUGGAAGCGACAUUUAGUGGAACGCCCGUGUCGAAGGAGGAGGCCCGCCAUUUUAACAUCAACGACUUUCAGGAUAUGGGGAAGGUAUUCUGUGAGACGGUGCUUGAGUAUCAGGCGACGAAGGAAAAUCAGACGAAAAAGACGGAUGCGAUUGUGGACAUCACACGUGCUGUCACUCAUCAGAUUCUGCAGGCGAAGGGGAUGUUGGCACCAGAGUUACUGUCUCUCGUCGACGGCCCAGACGAUGGUGGCGACAUAUCCAAGGUGACCCAAGUCCUCCUCGCACUUCUGUCAGGUGACAAACCAUCCAAAUCUGGCAAGGGGAAAGGAUCGCCCAAGACGGCCGAGGAAGUCGACGUCAACCAACUGAUGAACAACUUGUCUGCUGAGACGAUACAGGGAUGCUUCAAGAUUCUGGAGCAGCUGAAUGCAACCGAUGAGUUGAACGAAUCAGACUCCAGCGACAGUGACAGUGAGUCUGAGCCUGAGAUGCCAAAAGCAUCCGACCCGAAGAGGAAGAAGAAGAAGAAAUCGCGUAAACAACGGGAUCGUGACUUCAUCAGCCAACGAAGGGACAAAGGCGAACACAAGUCAGGAUCUGCUCUUCCAGCAAUUGGCAGUGCUGAGGGAGCAAAGGACAGAAAAAAGCAGCGUCGUCACCAUUAUUGUGCUCACGCACGAUCAAAACAUUACUUCCUACGAGAGCAUGCACCUAAUCCAAAAACUAGCCAAUCAUUGGUCCCCAUAGAUCAGAAUGGCCUUGGGCGACAUUAUCAGGCCGGCUCAUUGGUCAAUAGUAUGGCCAAUCAAGCGCCAGGGCUGAUGAUGUCGGCUGUCAAUGGCCACAGCCUGGCUCCAAGCAUCAACAAAUGCGUCAAAGUGAUGAAGAGCCACCCGCAGUUUGUGAGCAAGUACGAGGGGAAACACAACAAUGGUAUUCCUUGGGCGUCUGAAGAGAGGAGCAAUGAAAGAGCUGCGAAGAGGAUGGCUGAGAUGAAGAAGAGAAUGGAGGAAGAGAAACAGAGGGAGGCUGCACUUUACUUUUUCACUGACGACCAUCUCGAGCGUUUUGUCGAUACGUCAAUACCCUCAAUGCGAUUACGUAAAUACCGUAACUCUUCCCAGGAUUCCAAUGGGCAGGACAAGGUUGGCGUCACGAUGAACUACGGCUCAGCUAACAUUGCACAAGCACUCAUGGACUUCCAGUUUAAGACGUCUUACCAGCAUGCAGAUGAUGGGACAGAUGGAGAGGCUAGCCUACGAGGACUGAAUGCCCUGAAUCACGAGGCGGUACGCCUGCUGCAAGAAAUGACCACGGACAGCAACCACAGCGACUCAGACCUGGACGAUUUAUCCGACAACUUAACCAGUCAUCGUAUCGCCGCCAUGCACAACCCGUACACCAUGAUGAAUUACGGUCUCUCGCUCAACAGUCUUGGGAGAGGCAUCGGAGACCAGAAGUCUGGCCCGGUGAUCCCAGGGACACACCAGUCAUACCCCCAGCCUCAUGUCAUCUUGCCUACAAAACCAAGGAAUUCAUUUGCCAACGUGCGUCCAUCUCACAAUUCCAUCCCGCAGAUGAAACUGGGAAGUCUUGAGACCCUCACAGGAAGGAGAGCGGGCGCAGCAGCCGAAACGAAAUCAGCACCAUCUGCUACGAAGAUCUCAACAUUCCUUCCGGCCUUGACCUCGAAGCAUCAAAUGAUGAAAUCGGCCGAGUUUUACCUUCAGACCGACAAUACGAGCACGUCUAACUCCACCCUCACCAACAAUACCGCCACCGUGCUCAACAUCCUUCAAAACGUUACGUCCAAGGCUAACCAAUCGUCCAACCUUAACAAACGCAGUCACACCGAGUUCUUCCUCAUUAAUUACCGUCUCGGUCAGGAUGCAAAACACGCCUCGGCGGCCGCGACGGCUACCACACCACCUGUUGAUGGCGGGUCCAUGGUAAGGCAGAGAACUACCCUGACCGUAGAAGAUACUGUGCCAACUCUGAAGUUCUCACCUUUCAACGAAAAACCGGAAGUGACCGCAGAGAGGAAGAGUAUUAUCAGCAAGGAGUAUAGUCGUCAUGGUCACAUGUCUCAAUGAUGUCACAGUCAUGUUUUGAUGCCGAUGUCGCUGGCCUUUUUAGGUGAACUACGUGGAUCAUAUUACUUAACGGCAACAUGAUGGUUUAAGCCAACAAAUGUACAAGAAGUGUCGAUCUGAACAUUCUAUCUAUAAGACAGUAUUGCUGUAUUUGAACUUUCAAGAUGAUUUCGGAUUUACUAGCAGAAGCAGUUGUGUGAUCUAGGUUUAUUUUGCCAACGUUUGGUGCCAAAUAGCUAGAUACAAGAGGUAGUGAUAGUUAUAAACAAUUGUCAGAAAUGAUAUUCAUAGUAGGCAGGCUGAAAAAAGUCUGUAUGUUUUAUGGCUUCGUUGUGGAAGCUUGAUCAGUUACUGUAGAUGCUUGUUCAUAUAACCUUUGUCUAAAAGCGUUGAUGUACCGGACGUUUUGGACUCUUUUGAAAUGCAUACACUACAUAUUCAGCAGCACUUGAAAAUUGUUAUGCACCAGUAAAGUCCUUAUCCAUCAGCACCUUUCUUUGCUGCCGAAUUCUCAAAAUUUAAGCAGUUGAGUAAACUCCUGGUUAUGGCAACAUCACCUCCAUGAAACAUUGAAAUAGCGUGCAGAGAAAAACCUUGUACAGGGUAGCCCAAAAAAGAGUCCUAUAGCAAGAAAUUAGGACAGGACAUAUUUUUGAGAUGCCCUGUAUUGUAAAUAAAAGAAUAAGAGUGAUAUUUGCAUUAAAUAUUUUGUUACUUUGUUAAAUAAAAGAAAUGUUACAAAUCUGA